AUGCUUUCGACCUUGUUCAUUGGUAGCAUAAGAAAGCGACAGAGACGCGCCGACAGGUCUUCAGAACCCACCUCCCAGCCCACUCCACCAUCCAGCACCAUGGGUAAUGCUCCCAGCGCUCCCAGUACCCCGAAGAGCAAGCCGGCGCAGGUCAUUCGGUCUCCGACAACGUCUUCGCUUUUCAUUCCUGGGGCCGAGGAGUCACGUCAUGCUUCCGUCGGUAGCCAGGAGAACGCGCCCGCCAGAGAAGUCCCUGCUUACAGCGUACAUAUUGAUCUCCCGAGCAUCGGAGGCGCCUUUGGUGAUCUCCGAGCUGCGUUCGCCGCCAGCGACGCCCGUAAGGACGACGAGGUCACGAAAACGCAGCUCGAGUCGAAGAAUAACCGAACGGAGUCUGUGACACCGCGGGCGGUGUCUACCCUGGAGGGCGCGGUGGUUUCGGAGGUUGAGCCUACGGAGACUGCUUCACAGGACGACUCGCAUAGCCGUGGUGACGAUACGAUACUCCACGGCCUGAAAGCCGGCCCUCCAUCUAGUGUCACUCUCGUGCACGAGCACGAGCAUGAGCACGAUAAUCAUGAUAGCGGAGAGUCCGUUCAUAUCGAGGAGAACGCUCAUAGCUGUACAGCGGACAGUUCGAAGGACAUGCCACCCGUCUAUGCUCACUAUGUCGUGGACGACACCCCCCAGGACCAUGCGAUGCAGGUGGUGCACGGCCCGCAUGUUCACGACAUCAUCGAGAGCGAUGCGAAGGAGUUGUUCCAUGCUCAGUAUCUUGUUCACGACGUUGUUCCGGAGGAUGCGAAGAAGCUCGACCAUACUCUAGAUGCGGUUCUUGACGACGUCCAGGAUGACGCCAAGGAACCAGUGCCGGCCCUUGUUCAGGAUCAGACUCCGGAUGUUACUUGGGAAGCAGCACCAAUUCCCAUGCAGAACGAUGAGCCAACCGUUCAUGUCCAGAACGAUGCGAAUGAGCCUGCCUCGGUUCAUGACCAGGACGAUGCCAAGUCUUCCUCGGUUCAUAUUCAGGACGAUGCACAUGAGCCAGUCCCGGCUCUUGUUGACAAUGCGCAUGGACCAGUACCACUUGUUGCCGAGGACGAUGCACAGGAGCUAGUUCCGGGUCCCGUUCAGGAUCUGUUGGAGGACACUGCCGAGCGAGCGGUGGAGAGCGUGGCGAGAGAUAAUGUUGAGGAGCAAGCCUUGCAGGAAAAUCUAAUAGACGUUGAACUCGAUCCCCUGAUCCACGAAGCUGGAGAAUGCGUUCCCGCCAUCGUCCUAGAGCAGCCGCAGGAGCAGCCGCAUGACGAAUGUGCUCGUAGUAUUUCUCAGGACGACUGUCAAACCCCCGCCAACGGCGGUCCCAGUGCUGUGGAGAUCUUUAGCUCGACAGAACCCUCCCAGUACUCCUGGACACCCGGGACGUAUGUCCUAGUGAAUGCCAGGAGCGGCACUGCGCUGGAUCUGUCUUGCGGAGAUUUCAGAACUCUCACUGGCUGGCCUCUCCAUGGUGAGCAGAAUCAGCAGUGGGAAUUCGUGCCGAGCGGACGAGGGUAUGUGAUCCGGAGCGUCUGCAGCUCUCCUUGUGGGAUGUACCUCACUGUCACGGACGGCCUCUAUGAUAACGUCGCGCUUGUCGCGAGCCCGUUCCCGGUUAGCUGGGAUGUCCAGGUGAUUGAGCACGAGAGUGCUAUCAGGAUUGCAUGGCCCGGCACAGACUACGUGAUGGACUUGGCCGACUGGGGAUGUGAUGCUCCCGGCACGAAGGUACAACUUGUGAGGCAUAAACCCAGGGAACCUUGUCAAAUGUGGAGAUUUAUUCCACGCCCAGCGUCGGUCGACGUCGUAGAGAAGGUGGCUCAGGCAGCUAUGCAGCCCAUACUUACAGAGACAGUCAUCGUCUCCGAGGGUACUGAUUUUGUCACGACGACCCGCACCACCACCACUACGACAGUAACAACUGUCACUACAGUAACAAAGACGGCACGGCACAGAGUAUUGUGA